ACCCAAAACACAUUAAAGCCUACGUCUACCCUCUCUCCCUUUCUUCAUUCACUCACUCAGUCACUCCCUCUUCAGCACUCUCUCUCCGCUGCGGCGGCGAAUCGCCGACGUCAAUGGCGUCCGGUUGGACCAAAUCUCUACACUGCAAAUCCAACGCCUUGGAAGACGUUUACCUCCCAAACCCCACCACAUCAUCAAAGAAAUCUGGCCCGCUCGCCUUCUCCUGCAGCAGCUCAUCCCAAACACUUCGCGACGUCGUCUUCCUCCUCCCCAAUAAAUUUCCCCUUCCCCCUAAAAGAUCCCAAAACCCCUAUUCUACUCUCCCCCAAAUCCAACACCAAAACCCUAAACCAAAUCCUAAAUCGAAGCCCAAAUCCAAGCCCAAGACAUCAACCAUCGCAUCACCGCCUCCAUCUCCAGUCUCGCUGCCAACCCUCGUCGAUUUACCUCCGGGACACUCCUCCCGCCGCGUCGUCGAAAUAAUCUUCGGAUCGAGCUGGUCCCCGCGAGGCGCACCGUUUCCCGGCGAGAUUGAAAUGCUCUUCCGCGUCCAUCACCCGCCGCGCUCCGUCGCGCGUUUCGAAGACCACCGCUCCUCCGUACGAUCCCGAUCCGACGAUUCCCGAUGCGCCGCAGACGGCAACGAAAUGAUGCGAUUUCACUCCGCCGUCGCUGCUACCGCCGCCGCCGGCGCGAUCUACAACGCUGGGGUUUCUUUCUGCACCGUAGGUAAGUUGACGGGGGUUCGCACCUUCGCCGGAAGCGGCGGGGCCCAUGACACCACCGGCGGUGGACCGGGCCGACGCGCCAUGCUCGUUUGCCGUGUCAUCGCGGGCCGGGUUAUCGACGGGUCUCAUUCGAACUCGGAGGCCGACUCGGUCUGCCUCGCCAAAGGUGAGUUACUCGUCUUCGACCCGAGGGCCGUACUCCCGUGCUUCCUAAUUAUCUACAAAAUUUCACCUUAAUAAUUAACACGAUAAUAAGUAAUAUUAUAUCUUCUUUAUUUUAUUUGAUUUUUAUAGAUUUUUUUUUGCUGGAGAAUGUUUUGCCGAGUUAUUUCCUGAGUCAGACCGAGUUAUUUUGCAACAAUUUCCUGUAUGGAAAUGUGAUAGUAUUUUGUUCUUUAGCUAUGUUUGUCUAUUAUGUAUAAAGGGUUGUGAAAUCAUUACAAUUUCGUCGAUCUCUCACCAAA